AUGCCGCCUGAACCGCUGCCUUGGGAUCGAAGGGACUUGAUCUUCAGGGAAAAGAAGCACGACAGGGGGGCACCGUAUCCUGAUGCGCUAGGCAGCGGCGGGAGCUCCUCCACACCUCGGUGGAGAGAAACCUGCCCCGCCGCCCGGGAUUUUCCUGCCCCUUCUCCUCGCCGCCCACAGUCAGGUAAAACGCCUUUCUUCUGUAGCUUCAUCUUAAAGCAGCACAACCCGUGCUUACCGACUUGAUUCAACGUUUCCCCUUCUUAUGUGUGUCUCCCGUCGUGCAGGUUAUCAUAGUCACGGUGGCAGCGGCAGCGGCAGCGGAUAUCAUGAUCCUUUCCCCGAGGAUCCGUGCAGUAGGUCGGAAGAUAAGGGCUUCCGGAGUUAUCAAUCGGGCAGGUAUGCUGGCGGUGGUUACCAAAACAAUAAUAAUAGAGAGGCCGGGGGAUGUUUCCGUCGUUCCUCGUGGGAUUCCGGUGAUCUCUUGAGGCAGAAUCAUGACUCUGCGGCCACUCAGGGGUCAGUUGCUGAUUCGUUGUCACAUCCGUCAUCUCAUCUCCUUUCCUAUGAUGAUAAGCACGAUGAGACUGGUGGUGGGGGGGAUCAUGGCAUGAGAGCAGUUCACAAACAAGAUCGGGAUCUGGACCACUCGUUGGGUUCACUUGCAUGGAAGUCCCUAAAAUGGAACCGCUCUAGUAGUUUUUCAUCUUCAUCCAAGGUGCUCAGAUCUGAAUCUGAUGGGGGAAGGCUUGAAGUAUUGUUGCCCCCUGGAAGGGAGACGCCAAUCGAGUCUCCAGUGGCUUCUCCUCUGUCUCUGGAUGAAGAUCUUUCUCGGAAGAAGCAAAGGCUUGGGUGGGGGCAAGGCCUGGCAAAAUAUGAGAGAGCGAAGACUGAGGUUUCUGAUGAGGUUUGUGGGAGGCAUCCAUCUCAGAGUGAUGAUGCGAGUCCAAGGGUUGUGGCCCUUCCCGGAAACACCUCUCCUGCCACCCCAGCGUCUAUAACUUGCAGUUCAUCCCACGGUGAGCCACGAUUUAUGCGUUUGUCCUUCAUGUAGUUCCACUUUUUUUUGUUCAUGUUGGACGAUGAAAUUUGCCCAGUGGUUUGUCUCUGUAUCCUGCUUUUUUUAAUAUGCAUGAUAAUCAUGUUGGAAAAAGUUGACCUUAUUUUUCCCUAUCGUGAGUUUUAUUGCUUAAAAGGUAGGUAUGACAGGAAGAUGAAAACCCGAUUGUUAUCGUCACUGACUAUGCUAAUUUCACACGAGAGUAACGCCACUAGCAAGUGAAUGAUUCCGGUUAUCGUCCAUAAUCCGGUAUUCACAUGGUUGGCUUUGGCAUAUAUUUUGUGGUCACUUAUCACUAUGAUCGAGAGGAUUUUGAUAAGGCAUGAUUUUCCACUGAAUUUUGAGUUUACUGUUUAUGUCAUUUCUUUAAUCAUCUGUAUUCUUCUUCCGUUGACCAAUCUUAUAAAUUUUCUUGUUUUGGAUGUGGACGACAAAUAUCUAUAUCGAGUGUAAUAUUCUGUGUUACAACUCGGAAUUGAAAUUUUUACCUCUUGGUUCCUUUCAACCUUUGGUUUCUGUUUUCUGCUCCCAUUUGGCUAUGUACAGUCCAUAUUAUCGUUCUUAUUUUAAUGGAAAUUCCCUUAAAGUUGUUAAUGAUGUAUUCUGGCCGUAUCCUAUACGUGAAUGUUCUGCUAUAUUUUAGCUUGCUAUUUUUACAAUUGUCUGAAGCAGAUGAGCCUUCUUACUUUUACUUUAUAAAAGCUUUUUCAUUUGCGGACGUGAUUAUCUUUUAAUUUUCCGUCACUCUUUUAUUGCGUUUUUGCAGUUGGUUUCGUAUCUUCUUGUUUGAUCUUGUUCAUGCCUUUUUCCUUUAUCAGUGCUUUUUAUGAUGCUGUUCAGAAUGGUUUUUGUUUAUAAAUAUUUGUUUUGUCUUUACACCGACAUCUUCUUGCCUCCAAAUGAAUGAAAUACAGAAAAUUAUCACAUAUUUUGCGGGUGGCACUAUAUUUUUCUUGUUUAGUUAUUUUUAGUGUGUUAAUUUGCUUAUGAUAGGCCUCUUUAUCUGUCAUAAUAGAUCUUAGUAAUUUCUUUAUCAGUGUUAUUUUUAGUUAUUUCUGUUUGGUAGUUUUCUUCCAACGUUUCAUUUUGCCUGAUAACUCUUCUAUUGGUUUUCGGCUUCGAAUUGAUGCUGAAUUUUUAGUUUUGGUGUUUGAUUGACAUUUCUCAUGUUAUAUAUAGAUGAUGAAUUUGGUAUAAUGACAGGUGGUGAUGACAAAGUGUUCUCUGAGGUGGCAAAUAGUGAUGCCAUAAUAAAUUCAAGUAAUUUGCCUGGUGAUGACAUUAAACAUUUCCUGGAGGAAUUUUCUAUCAACUCUGAGUUUUUGGAUCUUAGUUCUCUCAGUGGCUCAACUUCAGUGCUUGCUUAUUUGUUACAUCCAGAGGAUGCUUCUUCUGCUGACUCCUGUUUUAUGAGGCAGACAGCAAUGAACAAGUUGUUGUUGGUGAAAGAUCAAGUUUUGAAGCAACUGGAAAAAACUGAAUUGGACAUUGAUUUGUUUGAAUAUGAGUUAAAGAAGUUGAAACGUGAUGAAUGCAAAAGAGGUUAUCUUGAACAAAGCUCGUCAAAAUUGGAUUCAGAUUCCAAGAAAAAUGAUAUUUGCCAAAUAUCUACAACGAGUCCUGUUGAUGAUCUGUUACGUUCACCAGAAGAGCACACAAGUAUUGCUGCAAAAGUAUCUGGUUCUUCACCUGUGUUGGUCUCUGCUGUCGUGUCAUCAGUGGGUACCGAACCUUUGGAUGAACUUUAUGGAGAAGAUACUGUGUUGGGUGGCUUUAGCCCAGGUACGGUGAAAUCUGAUUUUCGGGAGUCAGUGCCCGUGGAGAAAGGACUUUCCGAUCCAAGCACUCUACAAGUUACGAUUCACGAUGGAAGCAGUUCUGUCAUGCCAGAUGCUGACCUCAGGUUUCCUUCUGUUGUUGGGAGUGAGCAAGCCUCCGUUCAUGGUGGUUUUACCACUCCAGGUUUGGGAGCUAGUGGUUGUCCUGUUUUUUCCGCUAUGAAUUUUGGCCAAGAUUUUCAGAACGUAACUGCUUCCAUUAUAGCCUGCAACCAAGAAUCUGCCAACAAAGCCUCUCAAGUUCUUGAUGCUGGAUUCUCAAGUAAUUCGUCUGCAUUUCAGACGUCGGGAUCACAUGACAAAUUUUCAGACCAAGAGAAAGAGUUGCUCAUCAGAAGCAAGAUUGGUGUUCGCAAGUGUUUUUUGAAAUUUAAGGAGAAGCUUCUUGCACUGAAGUAUAGGGCCUUCCAACAUUUAUGGAAAGAGGACUUGCAGUUGCUCCAUAUCAAGAAAUAUCGAUCCAAAUCCCAUAGAAGGAUUGAGCUAAACUGUCGAUCAUCCCAAAAUGUUAUGCAGAAAAGUCGUUCCUUUCUACGCUCUAAAUCUCCACUCUCUGGUAAGUAUUAAAUGAUGUCCUUUUUCUCUAUUUGUUCUUCACUUUGUCGUCUUUUUUCUGGCCACCACUCGAAUGGCCCCACGAAAGACUUUGUUGAUAUUUAACCCAUUUCAAUUCUUGCACAUUUUCAAAUUGGCAGCGUUUAGCCCUAUUAGUCAUUGAGUUCGAAGAACAAAUAGAUGGUAAUAAGCUAUGCUACAGACCUUAAAUAACGAGUAUCAUACCGAAGAUGUCUGUUUUGUUGUUUCAUCUUCUCUCUUGAGUUCGUUCCCCAUUUUUGUGUACUAUUUGUUGUCAUUAAAAAUAUAUUUGGGGAAGCAAGGCAACAACAAGUGUUCCUUGAAAUGCUUUAUGACCUAGUCUGCUGCUCUUUUUCAAACCGAUUACUAAGUGGGCAUCUAUCAAUGUCUUCCCUUUACCUCGCAUUUCGUCAUUAUUUUCUUUUCUGAGAGAGCAAAGAUGGCGGUCGAGAUUACAUGUCUAAGUAAAUUCUGUCACAUGUGGCACUUGAAAACAUAAUUACUUUCAAGGAUCUUUCUUUCUUUUUUUUUAUUGGGGGUUUGCAAAUUCAUGUAAAAAUCCAAGGAAUGUGUGCCAUAGUGGUAUUAAGUUGAGGUCAUUCUAGAUAGUUCGUGAUGACGCUAAGCUGUCUUGUCUGGUCUGCUGCAAAAAAUCCCUCUUUUAAUUGUAUACCUUUCGGGGAUGAGAGAGGGAAACUCUUGACAUAUUUUAAGUUGAGGUCAUUUCCUUGAUCUGUUCUUUUCUUAGUGGAAACUCCUGACAUAUUUUACUGUGGAGACGAUGGGAGAGGGAGUUGACAUUGAGAGUGAGAUUGUUCCUGUAAGAAACUGGAUAAUAAGUUAGAGCUGACUAUGAGGGGAAACUUCUUCAUAAUGGCUACAUUUUAGGUUGCCAAUGUGUGCUUUUUAACCGCUGGGUUGGUCUCAUUUUUUCUGAUAAAUGUAUGAGAUUUUUUUUUCUUUUGGCAUUUCUGAUCAAUUGCAUGUAGCCUGUGGUUAGAGAGAAAAGAGUGGAGUUGAAGAUAACUGGCUGUAGACUGUUAGGCACUUUAUCACAAACAGUGGUCAUGACAUCUAUGAAAGUAAACUUGUGACAUCUUUGUAUUGCUGGAAGAUUUUGGCAAAUUCUCAAGAGAGGAUGGAUUUAGGUUUGAUGUGGCAUAUAGCCAUUGUAUGAGAAGAUGAUUUUGAAUUUUAUUCAAAAGGAGGUCGAAUAGAUCAAUAAUUGUAAAAAUAUUAUGCAUGCCGCAUUUUAGUAGUGAUAGAAUAUGAAAGCCCUGGGAAUUAUCUUUUUUUUUUAAAGUUAUGCCCUGUAGCUAAGAGAGGGUGAAAGAAGAUAAAGUUUCUAGUAACUAAAAUAUUUUUCUUGGAAUUUUGGGCGAGUUUUAGCUAAAAGAGGGUGAAAGAAAAAGUUUCUACAUAUAGCCCUGUUAGGCCCUAGGAAGUUUCUAGGUAAGUUUUAUGUUUUCUAUCACCGUCUCCAACCAGAAUUAUAGGUUUUCGUAAAAGUUUUCCUUUAUCACCCAGAAAGUUUGGUCUUAGAAUUCCUUGUUUCCUCAAAAACGUUUCUCAACUUUCUCGUCUAUGAAGGAAGUUCUUACAUUGCUUGCUACUAAUGGUUGAAGCGAGAAAAAGUUUUGUGAAUAGUGCGGGGAGACGUGAGCCAUGGAUUUUAAAACUGUGUUUCUCCAAGAGAACUCUUGGGCCAAUAGUUCCUGUUGUUGAACCCACACGCUUGAUUUGGGUAAUACCUUCUUUAUUCAAACAGCCGAACAACACAUCAUGAAUUAGGGAUAUUGCGGCAUGAUUUGCACGUAUAGGAUAUUCUCUCACAGACACAAAACGGCGGGUGUACAAUAUUGUGCACAGUUGAUGUUACCAUCCAAUAGUUCUUAUUUAUUGUGCGGAAUAUGAUCUUAUUUUUCCAAUUUUCUCGAACUUUCUACUGUAAUUAGUCACAAGGAAGCUGUCAAGCUUAUCGGGCAGGUGUGGCUUGGAUUUUGCUUGUAAAAUACCCUCAAUGAGUGAGUCCAGUCAAGAUAUUUUGGUUCAUGUAUUAUAUGACUUUCAUCUCAUUUUGAUAGGGUCAGAGUUAAAUUACGGCUCACUAACUGCGAUCUGCUCUGGUAUCUGUUUUUUAGCAUCUUGACGAUAAAUAGUAUUCUAUUUAUAGGGAAGAUGUGAUUAAAUAUAUCACAAGAUGUUAUUACGUAGGUCUUUUGGAAUUACUUUAUGUAGAAUUUCUGGUUCUGAUAUCUCGGUUGGACUGAUUUUCUCUUUUGUGAGGUAUAGGGUGUCACAACUUAAGAUUUUUGUUGGCCUAUUUAUGACUCAUUUUUUCUCCAACUUUUGUAACGUAUCAUGGUUCUAUAGUAUACGCAAGCGAUAUAUCUAUAAAAUAAAGCAUCAACUAGUGGGGUGCUGAAAGGAGGUUGUUUAAGUCGGGUAAACUUUCACAGGUAAUACACCUCUGAUGGGGAGACCAUUCCAUAGUUACACUGCUCUUUGUUUGUAAGGGAUUAGACAACAAUGGACGAUAUGUUCGUCAAAAUAACUUCCAUGGUAAAGAAAGGAGGUUUUAUUGCGGAAGAGCAGUGAGUCAUUGAGGUUGGACUUGUUUAUUGACGUAGGCUGCUAUGGGUUUUUUAAAUUAAGAACUGCUGGAAAGUGGAUACAGUAGCUUAACGGCUUGGGAAUAUUGUCUGUAAGAGAUGGCUUUACUAAUGGUUCUAUGAGGGUCGCCAACUAGUUUGGUUAGGUGUGAACUAGCAUUCGCCCUGACCAGACCAGAGAAUGCCGGAGAAAAAUCCUCUAGCUGGUUAUGGCGAUGUGUCCUUAGAAGCUGACAUAAGGAUUUUACAUGUUCUGUAUCAUGUGAAGGAUGAGUAUGGCAAGUGUGUGGCUGGAUGGAACCGUUUUGAGCUCUAUUAUCAGCCUUGUGAAGUAUUCUUAAAAGCCAGAUCCUCAUUCUCCCCUGUAUCUUUGCUUCAUGUGUUCAUCAGUCAUCGGGUCCAAUUUGUGUAUGAAGCUGGGGCAAAAGUGUGUACGGAUGUUUGCUCCCGUAGGAAUAGCUUACUUGGCAUCUGUCUAUUCUUUAGCUAGGUUCUAUGAGUCAUUGGUUCUGGUGCUUUUUGUAUUUGAAAUUUGUACAGAAUGUUCUCGUCGUGCCUUGUCAGGCGAGUGAUCACGUCCUUCGCCUAUGGGGCAAUGCUCUCUAGGAAAGGCUGUGUGCAGCAGGGGACGGUUCUGCUUACAUGUCUCAGACAGAUUUCUACUUUAGGUGACUUUCUAUGGAAUGCAGCUACGAGCUUGCCAAGAUAGGCAACAAGACCUGCAAUGGCGCAUGUUUCGAUUUGUUGAGACCACAUUGAGCUGCAGUUUUAUGGCACUUCUGAUUAAGUUUCCAUUGUCGACAUCUUCGGUUUAGGCUCCGACCCUUAGGACCACGGGGAUUAGUAUAUUAGGUAGUACAGAAAAUAUCCUGUAAUUUGGAAAGGUCCGUUGUCUAGUUAUUCUUGUUGUGCUCUUGAACUCGUAUUUUUGUCGCCGUGUUUGAUGUGAAUUAUUUUGCACUAGUCUUGCAUCCGAAGAGAGGACUGAUGGCAUACCUAAACAAUGUGGUCCUAUUAACUGAUUUUCAAUGCGCAGUUCAUCACUUCUUCCCCGAAAAAUAACCAGUGUUAUAUUCUUGUUUUUCUCCAACAGGUGGCAUGACAUUGGUUCCUACACCAGAAAUAUUGGAGUUUACUGGCAGGCUGUUGUCCGAUUCCCAUAUUAAGGUUCACAGGAAUAUUUUGAGAAUGCCAGCACUUAUAUUGGACGAGAAAGAGAAAAUACGUUCGAGAUUCAUUACGAACAAUGGGUUGGUUGAAGAUCCGUGUUCUUAUGAGAAGGAAAGAUCAAUGAUAAAUCCAUGGACACCGGACGAAUGCAAGAUUUUCAUGGAGAUGCUUGCCAUAUAUGGGAAGGAUUUUGCAAAGAUCUCUUCCUUCCUUAACCACAAGACCACAGCAGACUGUAUUGAAUUUUAUUACAAGAAUCACAAGUCUGAAGAUUUCGAAAAAGUUAAGAAAAGCUUGGGCUUGAGGAAAACAAUGGAAGUUGUACCUGCCAGCACUUACCUCGUUACAUCAAGCAAUAAGUGGAAACGUGAAAUAAAUGCUGUUUCACUGGACGUUUUAAGGGCAGCAUCAAUGAUAGCAGCCCAAGAUGACGAUAACAUGAGAGUCCAGAAGUUCUCUGGUAGGUCGACAUUUCAACGCCAUCAAAAUCAUGGGGCACCAAGCGAAGCUGACAUUCUGAUGCAAGAACAGGAGACUUCUGCCGCAGAUGUUUUGGUUGGGAUUUGCGGUGCUGUGUCAAGAGAGUCAAUGAGUUAUUCUGGUGCCAAGUUUUUCGAUCCCGGUGAGAAAACCAACUUCAUGGUAGUCGAACGGCGUUUACCCUCUGAAGCUUCGCAACUUGGAGAGGGUAGUAGUUCGGAUGAGGGUUGUGAUGAUUUGGGCUCAAGCGAUUGGACAGAUGAGGAGAAGUCUUCAUUUAUCUCUGCUUUGAGUUCUCAUGGUCGGGAUUUUGCCAGAAUAUCGCAUUGCGUUGGGUCAAGAUCCAUGGAACAGUGCAAGAUCUUCUUCAGCAAGGCUCGAAAAUGUCUUGGUCUGGAUGCCAUUCUCAGUGGAUCUGGUGGUGCCGAGCCUGGGAGGAACCAUCCUGGGAAUGCUUCUAGGCUUGAUAUGGAUUCAGCAGCGUGCACUAAGCCGUCUGGUUCGAAAAUCAAACAGGACUUCACUCAUUCCUCUCCAAAUGCUUGCAACACAGCUUCUGUACCAGCGGUCGAGAUCCCUCGUCAGGCAGAUCCAGAGAAAUGCAUCGGGCAGCAGCGGGAGGUCGGAGUGCCAAGCCUGGAAACAUUGUUGAAGGUCGAUGAUCCGAUUUCAGUGAAGAAAGAGGAUCCUUGCUUCGGGCUGACAGAAGGAAAAGCCCUGAAAGCUGAUAUUAUGCCCAAUGGCUCCAUGCAGCGUGGCGAAUUUUCUGAACAGCCUCUUAUCGACAUUAAAGGAGAGAAAGAUGCAAGUCACCUUACUAAUGAACCAAAAGGGUUGCCUCGUGAUGACCAAUGCUUGGUACCUAAGACCGAGCCAACUGAUGAUGAUCAGCAGAAGGAAACUUCUUCACGUUCAGACAACUCAGCUAGCUCUAGCUCUUCAGGGUUCACCUCAAAGACGAAGGCAGACGAUGGCGUUAGCAGCCUCCCAGAGGGGAAGCCUUUGGAUCUACUCCCAGGUUUACACCAGAGACCUCACUCUGUUUCAAGGGUGGCGAAGAGAGUGAAUGCAAGGCCUCAGCAGCCGUCUGUCAGUGAGGAUCGUGGAGGCAAGAAGCAGAAGACUUUCCCUUGUCGGGAGGAUUUGCCUUCUAUUCUGGGGGGGUACCCUCUCCCAGCAGCCACUGAGGCACCACCAGUCUUGCUGCAUGACUGCCCGAAGAAGAGAGGCGGAGACACCUCCCCACCUGAGGCGUUUCUGCCGGACUCUCACCGGGAGAACGGCGGCGGCGGCUCCUGGCGACAGCACGAACUCCGGCCGUGCUCGAACGGCAGCUUCAAAGGGACGGAGCAGCCCGUCCGGACAGGCGACGUCAAGAUCUUCGGCAAGAUCCUCAGCCAUCCUUCCCCUCCCCAGAGGCCAAGCUCCCCGGGAAAGUCCGCCACCGCCGCACCAAGAGGCCUACCGGCGACGCCGGAGCCCGGCGCGUUCUUGGCGAAGUAUCCGCCGUCGUACGGGUUCGUGCGGCAGGCGUACAUGCCGACUUUCUCCCUAGACGGCGGCCGCUGCGACGCCGCCAUGGCAGCGGACGUGCAGAAGAAGCACGGCGGGUCGGGCGGGUUCCAGCACCAGGGGCGGGUAGGCUUGGGACACAGGGUCCCCGGAGGUGGUGGUGGCGGCAUGCUGCUCGGCAGCAAGGGUUGCACCGGCGGAAUCUCAGACCCGGUGGCGGCCAUCAAGCUGCACUACGCCGCGAGGGCCGCCGGCGUCCUCGCCAGGGAAGAGGAGUCGUGGAGGGCAGACGUAGGCAGGUGA